AUGGUCUCCUCCUCUUCCAACGUCCUUGUCGAGAACCGCAUCGCCCUCCAAGCUGCCCGUGACGGCGACCUCUGCGCCCUCAAGGAAAUGGCAGAGCGGAUGGAUUUGCGGGGAGCCAAGGACGUGGAAGGGGCUAACGCGCUGCAUCGAGCUGCAGACAAGGGUUGCCUGGAGUGCUGCAAGUUCUUGAUAGAGGAAGUAGGGCUUGGUGUCAACUCAGCAACCACUACAGGUAAAACACCUUUGAGCUAUGCUCUAUACGCCGGGAACGCACGGCUUAUGAAGUACCUUAUCGAUCAUGGUGCUAACCCGAAAAAGGCGGAUGCCCAAGGCUUGACGAUGCUGCACAUUGCAGCCGGGAGAGGGCUAUGUGAGCCUUUAGAGCUGUUGCUGUCCCAAGGAAUUCCUGUAGACAUUAUGCUCGUGGUUUAUGUUGGGACGCCAUUGCACGUGGCUGCUUCGAGGGGCCAGCAUCAGGCCAUAAAGAUUCUGCUGGAGCAUGGUGCUGAUCCCAAUAUUCUUAUGGAUGAUAACGUAUCACCACUCAUGCUGGCAUGCUGUGAGAAGUCCAUCAAAUGCAUGAGGCUACUGAUUGAGGCUGGUGCUGAUGCCAACAGUAACUCUUACCGCGGCCCGGCUCCUCUUACACACGCAGUGGAAGCUGGCUGGACAGAUAUUGUCAAGUUCUUGCUUGAUGCUGGGGCAGAUCCUAAUAUUCCUGCCGAGGGUGGGGAUAUUCCAAUCAAUUUAGCAGCAAAGUGUGGUCGACGUGACCUUGUUGAAAUUCUGUUUUCCAAGACAAAACAAGUUCCAUCUCUGCCAUAUUGGACUGUUGAUGGGAUAAUUAGAACGAUGGAAUCUCCACUUAUCAGGUGUCAGGAUCCUGUUCCUGGGGAAGGAAACAUAACUGCUUUGAAGUCACACGGGAGGGCUGCAUUUGCAAACAAGGACUACCAUGCCGCACUAUACUUCUUUGGACGGGUGAUUGAGAUAGACUCAUCUGAUGCCACCAUGUUUUCUAACCGGAGCGCUUGCUGGCUGCGGAUGAGGGAAUUGGAGAGCGCCUUGUCAGAUGCUCAACAUUGCAGAAAGCUUCAGCCUGAUUGGUGCAAGGGAUGGUUCCGUGAGGGUACUGCUUUGACAUUCAUGGAGGAUUACCAAGGAGCAGCUGAUGCAUUCCGGGAAGCACUGAAAUGUGAACCUGAGAGCGAUGAGAUCAAGAGAGCUAUAGGGGAAGCCAUGGAGUCUGCUGCUCGCUCUGGAGAUAAGAACCCUUGAGCUGGCAUAUAAGCUUGUAUUAGUAAGAGGGAAUUCAGCCCGCCUAUCCUACCUAUGAUGUGAUCAUAUGUCUCUACUGUCCUACUAGACCGCGUGUUACGUGGUUUGCUACUAGACAGCUUGUUUGUGUUUUCGAAGUUGCUGAACUUAGCUUCAGCAAUCUGGAAUUUAUUUUGGGCGACAGAACCUUUGAAAUGUGUGGCAGCUAGCA